AUGACUCUCGGUUCUGCGCUGCCGUGGAGAACGUGCUCGUCCCCCCUCGGUCGCAUCCAACUUCGAAUAUGCCUCCCGGCUCUGAAGAACCUGCAGGCCGCCGGCCAUGGCGCUUUCUUCCACAGCCAACAUACGAGCACCAACGCAGAAGAACCAUCGGAGUCUGCGCCCCCAUCCCCCGAACUGUCCGCCGAACAUGUCGCAGCUAGGGCCCUGUCCUCGUUGGUCAGUCGGCUCAGUCGCAUCCCCCUAAGGCCUCAAAACGAGAGUAGGUCGAUCGUCGUCAAACCCGUCGGUGUGUAUCCUCACCGGCGCGAGACCCGCGAGGCGCUGCACAAGCACCACCGCGCCCUUACACAGCAAGUUCGGCUCGAGCGACAGCGACGGCAAGAGCGAGGCGGCGACUGGCGCAUUAUCCUUCAGCACCUCAUGAAGUCGACUAUCCCCGACGCCAAACCCCACGGCCAUAUCAAGGUCGUUAUCCCGAGGCAUUCGAUUGGGUCCCUUUUGUCCGACCACCGGCAGAAUCUGUGGAAUAUAAAGUCGAGGACGGGGUGUGCCGUCACGCUGUAUCGGCCAACCGAUGAAGGAGCGAACCUAGACCCUUACGUCACCCUCGAGGGCCAACUGGCCUCUAUAUCUACCGCUGUCGACGAUAUCCUAAAGGUCACCAAAGGUAUCACGGUAGUCAACACCGGAGAGAUUCAAGGAAUCGAACAGAAUGGCAGCCAGCCGGACCAGGCACCCGAGGAUGGGUCGAGCGAUUCGGCAUUCACGGCGACGAAAAUCCAACCCCAUCAAAUGACGGUGUCAUGGCAACCCUACAAACUCGAUGUCAGGGCAGAUCAGAUCCCGCGACCCACCGAAUGGACGACCGAGGCCUUCCAACAGUACGUGUCGGCCCUGGUUAUGGGCGACGUAGACGCGAGUCUCGCCCGGCGUCUGUACCCUCCGGGGAAGACACACAAAGAGGCGGUCGUGCAGCAACUGCUCGGGGCCUUCAAUGACCCAAAUGCUUCGCAUGUUAUUUCGCUACCCGCGCUUAUCAUAGCGCUCCGCUACCUCAGCACUGCUGGUGCGACUUACCUGCUGGAGGUGAGGGAGCUGGUCGAACGAGCCUCGGAACUGGGCCUGCAUAUGGACACGACCAUUUAUAACCUGCUGGCCGACACAGCGGUUUACUGCAAGAACCUGCUUGCAUUCGAAACUGCAGUCAGCCAGAUGAUUGUCCACGGGCACAAGCCCAACCUACGAACGUGGCUGCUCUUCCUCCGCAUGAUCGAGGCAGAGGAUAUCAGGCGGUACAUCAUACAAGCCAUGGCCAUCAAGGGCUUCCUCUCCGACCCCCUGACGGUGAACCAGGUAUCGGGAGUCAUGGCCGAUCACGACGCCUAUCGCGCGGUUCAGGAAGGUCAGAACAUCGGCGCCUUCCUCGCUGGACUCCGUGACUUGUACGGCGAUACGUGGCAGCUUCAUCAGCGCGCUGCUUGCAGAUAUCUCGACGUGUUUGGGCAGUACAGUAAAUUCGACGAAUCGAGGCAGCUUCUCGAAUACAUGUUCACGACCAAACAUGGCAAGCCAAACGCGAUUGCGUUAAACACUGUCCUCACACACUGCAAACACCAGAGAAAGGUUGACCUGGCCGUGGCCUUUGUCCGCAUGUUUGACGAACGACGCUGCAACGUAGCCGACCAAGUCACGUUUCAGCUGCUCUACGAGAUCGCGCGGCGGGUACAAAAACCGCAGCUACUUGGCGCCGUUUGGCGCUACGCUCACAGACUGGAUAUGACGAACCAUAACAUGCGGAACCACGGCAUCAAGUUGCUCGCCGGGAAACCGAACCUCUCGCACCUCACGAGAUUGAUACGCGGAAUUUGGGAGGGGCCACACAAAUGCCCAAUCAGCAGGAAAGAGUUUAUCGAGGGCCUCUUGCUGUGCGACUACAGUACAAGCCGUUCCACAGGGUUAAAAAUUGCAAAGGGCCGGCCCAAAAAGAAACGGGAUCUCAUCAAGGCUACCCUCCCUUCUGCCCCAGACAACGAACCUAUCGCUUCCAAAAAGGUUUAUGUGGAAGCCGGGCUCGGAGAGCUGUUGGAAUCUUCACCCAAGGAGCCACCCGAGGAAUCCCCCGAAAAAUCCCCAGAAGAAUCGCAACCCAGCUCUGUGGUUGUUCCCGUUGGGGAGGCGGAUGGAGCCCAGGAAGGGCCCGAGGAGCAGGCUGCGACCUUGUAUGCCGCAGAGGCAUAUGACCUCUAUUCCAAAGCCGUAUACAAAAGCGUCCGCAAUGUCGCGCCGGCGGUCCCGCUUGGUAGCGUUUUACAAGCCGCGCUCGACAGCGACCGGAGGCUGAACUCGCUGUCGCGUGAAGGAAUUGCGCCGGCCCCUGGCAUGCGGGUGGCGGCCGACUUAUAUCCCGUCAAACUGCCUGUUACCCCGCGGGGAGAUAGGGGCCUUGGGGCGAGGGCCAUGUUGGCAUGGCUAACUAAGAAGACUGAAGAUGAAGCUGCUCGUGCGAGAGCGCAAGAGCUAAGCGUCAUUGACGUAGUGGGGGCCCGCCCUGAGGAGCUCGAUGACUGGAAUACCAUGCUGCUGGCGGGUUAUGAAGCUAAAUUAGGGAAGAAAUACAUGCCCUGA